AUGCACAAGAAGAGACUGUCUCAACCGCUGCACCUGAAAGACAAUGUGAAGAUAGCGGCGACGAGGGACAUCUCGAGACGGCUGUUCAUAGAGGAGCCAGCCGACGAUGUGCGGGCAGUGGUGGAAAUCCACCCGGAAUUUUACACCGUCAUUGAAGGUCGACCGUUACGAAGCUUUGAUGAUAUCAAAGUAUACGUUCAAAAUAUACAAAAUUACGCCAUGUUUCGGCAACAAAUAGGCUAUCGAAGAGAUUUGAUAAUGAAAAUUGAUGAAACUUUGGUAGAUGAAACUAGAGAACACGAUAAGAUUGUAGAAAAUUUAAAAAGCCACAUCAAAAACUUUCAAAAGUUUCUUACUGAAGAUUAUAAAAAGGCAUGUGCUAAAAUAGCAGCUGCAGAAAUUGCUUAUAAUGCACUCGUCGCGAAGAAUAAUCAAUUUCUUGUGUUGGUUUCAUCUAUAACAAAAUUAAAUAACAUUUUGUUCAAACUGGAUGCCAUAAGAUCAGUUUUAAAGAUAUAUCGCAGCUUUUUGAUUUAUGUGGCUCCACUUGAAUGGAGAAAAGAAUACGAUGAUAAUCUACGAAGGAUGGCAAAUAGGAAUAAGUCAAUUUUAUUUGUUACCGAUAAAUUUAAAGCAGAUGACGAGAUAGCAGAAUCUGCGGAUAUCGAUAAGAUGGUAGAGCAAGCUAAGGUAGAGUUGAGUAGUCCUCUAGCUCCUCAUUUGUACUUUGUGAAGCCUGAGCAGAUGAUGCACCUCUUUAACACAAUGGAGUUGCAAAGUAGAGAAUAUCUACUACAAUUGGCUAAAACUGGUGAUCCAUUUAAACUUCUAAUGCGUUCUAUUAAGACACUCAAGAAAGUUACAAAAGUAGAGCUUGAAUAUUUCCACUCACCUUACGUGACCACCUUAAAGAAAGAGCUAGUGUCAUUGAAAUCCUUGAUACAGCAGAGUAGCUUCUCAGUUGUUAACGCUAUCAAAGAAUUCGAAGAUAUGCUGGAGAGAGAAAACUUGAGAUGUAACAUAAUCGAGGCAAAGUUCCACAAAAUCCUCAAUGGAAUGUUUUACGAGAGCGUUGGAUCUUUGGAGGUUAGCAACAGUUACAACUACACCGGCGAAAAAUUGUGGUGUCAAUGCCUAAAGGGUUCUUAUGCUGCAAGUGCAGUACAGUGCGCGUAG